CUUACUCUGCAGAGUUGCGUGAGCAAAAGAGAUAACUGCCUAUCACUGAGCGUUGCUACGUCCCUCUCCCUCCCCUCUCGAGAAGGAGCAUUCCUCCCUGGAAUGCGCUUCUGCUGAGUCGGUUCUCUCUCUGUCUAGCGUUCUCCUCACAGCCAUUCUCAUCGGAGCUUGAAGUCGCCGGCUGACUAUCGUCUGUAAUCAGGUGGUCAACAAUGACGGUCACUCCUAAGAUCUCCAUCAAUGAUGGCAACCUGGUGGUCCAUGGGAAGACCAUCCUGACCGGUGUGCCGGACAACAUUGUGUUGACCCCUGGAUCGGGAGUUGGGCUUGUUACUGGUGCAUUCAUCGGUGCUACGGCUUCGCACAGCAAAAGCCUCCAUGUCUUCCCUGUUGGAAUAUUAGAGGAUCUCCAGUUCAUGUGCUGCUUCAGGUUCAAACUCUGGUGGAUGACCCAAAGGAUGGGGACAUGUGGGAAAGACAUUCCCCUUGAAACACAAUUCAUGCUUGUAGAGAGCAAGAAUGGCGAUGAAGGUGGAGAGGUAGAUGAUUCUCCAACCAUCUACACUGUCUUCCUUCCUCUUCUUGAGGGCCCAUUCCGUGCUGUUCUGCAAGGCAAUGAGAAGAACGAGCUCGAGAUUUGUCUUGAGAGUGGAGAUACUGCAGUUGAAACCAACCAAGGUCUUCACCUUGUUUAUAUGCAUGCUGGGACCAAUCCAUUUGAAGUCAUCAACCAGGCUGUGAAGGCUGUGGAAAAGCACAUGCAAACUUUUACUCAUCGCGAGAAGAAAAAGUUGCCUUCUUUCCUCGAUUGGUUUGGUUGGUGCACUUGGGAUGCAUUUUACACUGAUGUCACUGCUGAGGGUGUUGAUGAAGGACUUAAUAGCCUAUCUGAGGGUGGCACCCCUCCUAAAUUCUUAAUUAUUGAUGAUGGCUGGCAACAAAUUGAGAACAAAGCGAAGGAAGAGGCCAACUGCGUUGUGCAAGAAGGAGCUCAGUUCGCAAGUAGACUUACCGGAAUUAAAGAAAACUCAAAGUUCCAGAAAAAAGCCCAGGAUAAUGAACAGGUUCCUGGAUUGAAGCUUGUUGUAGAUGAAGCCAAGCAACGACACGAUGUGAAGUUUGUUUAUGUGUGGCAUGCCCUCGCUGGUUACUGGGGUGGUGUGAAGCCAGCUGCUGAUGGAAUGGAACACUACGACACGGCUCUGGCUUAUCCGGUUCAGUCGCCAGGUGUUCUUGGAAACCAACCCGAUAUAGUGAUGGACAGUUUGGCCGUUCACGGCCUUGGGCUGGUCCAUCCAAAGAAAGUUUUCAACUUCUACAAUGAGCUUCACGCCUACCUGGCUUCCUGCGGUGUUGAUGGAGUGAAAGUUGAUGUUCAGAACAUUAUUGAGACUCUGGGUGCUGGUCAUGGUGGAAGAGUCUCUCUCACUCGCAGCUAUCACCAGGCCCUUGAGGCUUCCAUUGCCCGGAACUUCACUGACAAUGGGUGCAUUGCUUGCAUGUGCCACAACACUGAUGGGAUUUAUAGUGCUAAGCAGACUGCUGUUGUGAGAGCCUCGGACGACUAUUACCCGAGAGACCCUGCUUCCCACACCAUUCACAUCUCUUCUGUGGCCUACAACACACUUUUCCUCGGGGAAUUCAUGCAGCCAGACUGGGAUAUGUUCCAUAGUCUUCAUCCAACAGCAGAGUAUCAUGGUGCUGCUCGUGCCGUCGGGGGUUGUGCAAUCUAUGUCAGUGAUAAGCCUGGGAACCACAACUUUGAUCUAUUGAAGAAGCUUGUCCUGCCUGAUGGAUCUGUCCUCCGGGCCCAGCUGCCGGGCAGGCCUACACGGGAUUGCCUCUUUGUGGAUCCAGCUCGAGAUGGAACCAACUUGCUCAAGAUAUGGAACUUGAACAAGUGCAGUGGUGUGGUCGGUGUGUUCAACUGCCAAGGGGCAGGCUGGUGCAGGAUUGCAAAGAAGACUCGCAUCCAUGAUGCUGCACCCGGUACUCUGACUGGUUCGAUCCGUGCUUCUGAUGUUGACCUCAUCUCUCAGGUCGUGGGCCCAGAUUGGAAGGGGGAGACUAUAGUCUAUGCAUACCGAUCAGGGGAGAUUGUCCGGCUACCUCAAGGUGCGUCCAUCCCAGUCACUCUCAAGGUUCUGGAGUAUGAGCUCUUCCAUAUCUGCCCAGUGAAGGAGAUCACCUCCAACAUCUCCUUCGCCCCGAUUGGCCUCUUGAACAUGUUCAACAGUGGCGGGGCUGUCGAGCAGUGCGACAUUCGCAAGGACAACAAAGCAGAGUCCUUCGAUGGUGAAGUUGCCUCGGAGUUGACCACUGCCCUCAGUGAGAACCGCUCCCCGACAGCGACCGUCUCCCUCAAAGUGCGAGGGUGCGGGCGUUUCGGGGCUUACUGCUCUCAGCGCCCGCUGAAGUGCACUGUGGGGAGCGUGGACCAUGCAUUCGAGUACGACUCGGCCACGGGGCUGGUGACCGUGGAAAUCCCGGUCCCACAGGAGGAGAUGUACAGAUGGCCGAUUGAGAUCCAAGUCUGAAGUACAUUAAUCUAUACUUAAGCUUUUGCAAAUUUACUGUACCAUUAGCAGUAAUAACGGUACGGUGAUAAUAUUGGGUGGUGACUUAGGAGAUGUCACUGAUCGGGGGGGCGGAUUAGGGGAAGUGGCCGCGAGGCUGUUGAUGGUAAUUGGUCGGUAUUUGGCGUGGUAGUUUUUAACUUCGGUGUAAUGGGGAAAUCAAAAUGGUGUUUUUAUCUAUGUUUUGCAAAGAGAGGGAGCCUAAAGACUUCUUGGAAGAUGUCCUCGAUAUGAUGCUUGUCAGUAAUAAUAAAAGGGCUCUUUUAUCCUCUA